CGCUGACUUCGAUACGUUGAACCAAACCCCGGAAGAAUCGAGAGAACAGCAUAGGGGCGUCUUGGAUGGUAUGCUUGGGCGCGGCCUGAUCCGAUCCAUCCACCCGACAUGGCACAUCUAUUGCGAGGCAAACAGUCCGGGAUCCAGCACGAUCUAUCCGCAGGCUUAGACGGGUCGCUCUUCAAAAUCGACGACAUUGCUCGAUAUGGAAUCAACUCGCAGACUUCUGCUCUGGCCUAUGACCCCGUGCAGUCUCUGCUCGCCAUCGGCACCAAAAGCUCGCAGUUCGGGCCGGGACAGAUCUACGUAUUCGGCCGCAACAGGAUCCAGGUGGUCCUUCAACUUCCGGUCACAGGAGCAAGCGUGAAGGAACUGCAGUUCUGCGCAGACAAGCUGAUUGCGCUGGAUACCAAGCACGAUGUCUCUAUAUUUUCUUUGGAACUCAAGAGACUGAUUACCAGCUACUCCCCUCCCGGUGUCGUGACUGCUUUGUGUACGGAUCCUAUGUUGGACUAUGCCUUCCUUGGCAUGCAGACGGGCGAGGUCCUCGCAUACGAUCUCGAUCGAGAACAUGCGGCUCCAUUUAGAAUCCCACUGCUGUGGCAGGAGAUGGAUCCCCGUGCGAGAGUUUCACCCAUCGUCUCUUUACAGCUACAUCCGAGAGACGUAGGCCAGCUGCUCAUCGGUUAUACUCAUGGAGCGGCCAUUUACAGCUUCAAAGCCAACAAAUCCUUGCGCUGCUUCUUGUAUGAGGUCCCGCGCGGGGCGCCAGGAGGCGAUGGCGAUCCUGCCGCAGCACACACUGUUCGAAGACCGAGACUCGUACAAGCGGUGUGGCAUCCGACUGGCACCUUCAUCAUGACUGGACAUGAGGACAGCUCGAUUGUGUUUUGGGACACGGUGAAGGACGGGAGGAUGCUCAUGGCGAGAACCCUGACAGACACGAAUGUUGCUACUCCAGGUGCCAACACGAGUAGUGCCAUGGGAGGAUCAAUGGCCGUCAAGGAGCCGUUGUUCAAGAUGGCGUGGUGUGCGAACAAAGACCCUGAAGAUACAGCCAUUCUGAUAGCAGGCGGCUCUUCGACACAAUCGCCUCAGAAGGGUCUAUGUCUGUUGGAGAUGGGCCGAACACCCGUCUAUCAGACAAGUCGUUGGGAGGACCUUGCCACCUACCUGGAGAACCCCAAGAGACAGCGCAUCUUGCCGACCCCUCCUGGUGCGGAAGUGAUCGGUUUCUGCUUGAUCCCUCGUGAAACGCCACACUUCAAUAACGCUCACGACCCCAUUGCACUGAUUGCGUUGAUGGCAUCUGGUGAAAUCCUGACCUUGACAUUCCCGUCGGGUAUACCGGUCAGUCCGACGAACCAACUCCACGUAUCGGUGUCGUUUGUAUCUCCCUUUGUGAGGGGCAUCCGCUCAGCGCAAAUCGGCAGGGAGAAAUGGCUAGGUUUGCAAGAGCGCCGGUCACGUGGUCCUGCGAUACUGAAGGGCGGUGCAGAGUUACCGCGCUCCACAAGACGAUAUGAACGCCGCAUGGUUGUGCAGACGAUUCACGCCGAUGGCACGGUCCGUAUCUGGGAUCUUGGCUAUGGAGACGAGAUUGAGAAUGACAAGAUCCUUCAAGUGGAUGUGGCACGCGCAGUGGGUCUCUCAGAUGGCGUGGAUGUCACCCAGACCUCCUUCGCCGGGGAAAGUAGCGAACUAGCCGUCGGCCUCGCCAGCGGAGAACUGAUCGUCUUCCGAUGGGGUGUGAACCGGAAUGCCGGCAGGGAUCCGCCUCCAAGUCGACCCAACCAGCCCGGUGCACUCACCAGCGUCACCGAUCGGAUCGAACCCUCAUUGAGCGAGGGACUGAUCCCGCUCACUUUGCUGGAUCAGCGAGAUGGCCCCGUGAGAGCAGUUUGCAUGAGCGAGAUUGGCUUCGUAGCCGCUGGCUUUGAAGGCGGCAGCAUCGCGGUCAUCGAUCUUCGAGGACCGGCCAUCAUCUACAAUACUUCCCUGCAGGAGCUUGGCGGUAAUCAAAAGGGCGGCGGCCUUCGAAAGAGGAUGGGUAGCAUCACCGCAAGCAGCCCAUCGUCAGGACAGGAACACGUCACAUUCAUGCAGUUUAGCAUCAUGACGUUGGAGGGGGAAAACUACAGCAGUAUUCUGCUCCAUGUUGGAACGAGUACAGGCAGGCUUGCGACAUUCAAAAUACUCCCAGACAGCAGCGGGAGAUUCACCGUGCAGUACGCCGGUGCUGUCAGUCUAGACAGCAGGCUGAUCCACAUCGCGCCCAUCAACACCGACGACGGCUCACCCGCAAGCGCAACGCAGAUCACCAUGGCUGCUCUCCGAAGCGGCCACCGGGUGAACGGCGCACUGGUCGCAGUAACCCCAAGCAGCAUCCACAUCUUCAAACCCGCCAGCGCCAAAGGCGCGCACAAAUCCUUCGACAACUACUUUUGCGACGCCGCCGCGAUAGUCCGAUAUCAAGACCGGGGCCACGCAAUCCUCGGGCUCUUCGGCGACGGCACAGCGCGCGCCUACGCCAUCCCCUCCAUCAAGGAAAUCGCCAGCACGAAAAUCAACGACAUCCUCGACGUCCGACGGCUAGGCGACGCAGUCAUCACCCCGACAGGCAACAUCCUCGGCUUCACCAGCCCCUCCGAACUCGCCGUCCUCAACGUCUGGGGCGCCGGCAACACCUUCGUCCGCAGCCAGGACAAACUCUUCAACCCCGAGGCGCUCAUCCCGCCUCGCCCAACCAUUUCCAACGUCCAAUGGAUCACAGGUACGCAAUACGUCACGCCGGCCGAUAUGGAUGUUCUCAUUGGCGGGCCCACGCGGCCUCCAUCGAAGCGCAUGAUCGACCAGCAGCGUGCGGACGAGGCGCAGCGCAAGCUGGCCGGGCGGAGUGGCGCGACGGGCGCGACGAUGCAACAGGACGAGGGGUAUUGGGCGUACAUGCAGCGGCAGGUGCAGGAGCGGACGGAGCGGUUGGGGUUCGCGGGCGAGGGGAUUGACAAUUUGGAGGAGACGAGUCAGAAUUGGCUGGAGGAUGUGAAUAAGUUUGUGAAUCGGCAGAAGAGGAAUGCCGCGGGGAGUAUCAUCAAGGCCAAGUUUGGCCUUUGAGGGAUGCUGUGCUGGGAUAUGGCUUGGCUACCUCUACGAUUGAAUGAUGUAUUCGUGACAAUUCGCAUGGGUUGGCGAAAGUUAGAUUCCAAGUAGCUAUACAGAGGACUGCGACUGUACUACCCUCUGGGAUCAUGACAGGA